AAGGUGAACAGUAUCCUCGAGUAGUGCCUUAUAGAGAGAAGUAAUUUUUUUGGAAGUACAAUUUGUGAUGUUGAAACUGCUCUGCAAGUUUUUCAGAUUCGUCAUGAAUAGCUUUCUCAACUUCGUGCUUCCUGACCUCAACCCUUCGCCAUCGAGUACAACUCCAACUAGUACGUUUGAAAUAAGAUCGCCAACUUCAGACAUCCUUCGCGUGGCAAGGGCACGGGAAUGUUUCCAACGCAAACGUCUGUUUUACAAGAUUGUAGAAGAGUUUGACAAUAAAUCAUCUUUGAUCGAACUGCAACAGAAACCAUCAGGAGAUAAUCGAUCUGAAAAAGAUCCGGUAAAGCUUUAUAACCCGCUAGACAGUGUCGAGUUAUUCGAAUCCGAAUAUCAAAAUAAGUUCGCAAACAAAAAUAAAGCUGGUGUUCGAGCUCCGAUUGCCCGACAGUUGAGCUUCUACUCGGAUCCGACUAUCGAAAGCUCAGGCGAAUACUCCAAGGUUAAUACUUGUGGAGAAGAUUCGAUCUCAGAAAUGAAUAUCGAUUUUAUGCACUGUAGAUCAACUCAAUCUUCACCCAAACGCGAAAGCUCCCACUUCGAGGAUUCCGGAUUUUCAAAUAUCUCAACAGACCUGAAUUUGAGAUUGGAGACUAUUUCGGAAGGACAAAUGUCAGAAAGGUCGAAUAAUAAUCCAUCGGAUCAACUUUCCUUUGAUUCGUGUCUUCACGAAUCAGAUUAUUCAGAGUCUUGCUCGGGAAUUAACGAAAAAUUAGACAUGGACAUCAGUUUUUCUGCAAUUCAAUCGGCGAAAACCAACGAGAGUUCGCGCGAGAAUUCCGUGAAGCAUCUCGAAUCUCAUGGAAGGAAAAAAUUCAGUGACAAUAUCACUAAUGGCCCAGAUGACGGCUUACAAUUAGAGAUGUGCUCGAUGCACGAUCAGUCGAUACCAACCGCUGAUGUCUGUGACGCUGAAUUUGAAAAAUCGACAAAUGCCACAAAUACGGAAGAUCAACAGGCUUCUUUCGCAAAUCAAGCCUAAUUCGUGAUAAUUAAAUUGGAUUCCUAUCUUUAAAGAAUGCAUAACUCUUGCCGAAGUUCGAAAACCACCGAACUCUGAAAGCGUGUGCACGAAACUAAAAAUAAAUAUGAGAUAUACGGGGUCACGACUGAGUAUAUAUUUUAUGAGUUCCUCGACAUUUAGAAAGUAUUAAUAUAAUUGUAAUAAAUUAUUGUACAUGUUUCAUUCAACUUGUCUAAAUAUAUUCAUGCCAAGAUCUAUUUUUCAAUUUAUUACUGUGGAUAAUUAACUUGUAUGUUAUUUAAAGAUAAUCAUGCUUACAUUACACUGGGAUAAUAAUUAACCAUUUGCUUCGUACACGUGGCAUGAAUGAGCUUCAAGUCCAACAGCUGGUCUCUCGUGAUUAUAGAUGUUGACUCAAAGCAUGCUGUAUAAAUGUAUAAAAUAUAGUAAUAUGUGAUGCAUAAUAAACGUGUGAGAAAAAACUGUUUCAAUAAAACAGGAUGAAGAUCUAGUUUAAUGCCCCGUACUUUUCUAGAAUAUAAUGUGAAUAUCGUGCUGUAAUAUAAGAAUUUACAGUACACCAAACAUUCAGAAUUGGCCGCCAAUGGAUGGGAGUGAAAAAAAAUUUGGUUGCGUUCAACUGAUUAUACACCAGACAAUAAAAUCGAUCGAGAAGGUGAAGUAUUGUUUACGUCGUCCACGAUCAUUACGUGUAUAAUAGGUUUGUCGGCGGGCCGAUUACUCGUUUUAUCAAAAAAAUUCGUCGCAAGCGAACAGUAUCGUAAAAUUCAUAAUAAACAGAAUUACUACAGUGCAAAUGGCUCGCCCGAGACUUCUGUCAUUACCAUCGCAGAUUACGGCGACGUCACCGAGGAUUGAUUCCAAUAAAAUUAAAAUGAAUCCGCAUUUUGUUUGGUCAGCGCGGAAAAUUUUUUCGAAGGAUAAGAACUUUGAGCGAGUUUUACAACAAACGCAACUCAACACACCUCGUAAUGAAUCGCCAAACAUUAUUAUGAAUACGCCGAAUAACAAUAUAUCAAAAUUAGCCGCGAAGAAUGGUAUUUUGUCAGCUGCAGUCGAGAAAAACCAAAGCUUAUUUCUCAUCGGCAAGUGCCUUUUCAAAUCUCCUGUGGCAAUCAGGAGACAAACAUCAGCUGACAAUGAGAUGGAUGUAAGUAACGAAGGAAGUUAUUCUAACAUGCUCUUAGCGAAAACUCCGGAAAAACAACUAUCGCCAGAAAUUAUGUCACCGGCAGUAGAAUCAUUGAAUGAUUCGAUUUGUAUUCUUGAGGAAAUCAUUAAUGUGGAUAGCGGAACGGAUUUGUCGGAUGAGGAGCAAGCGGAAAAAGCUGAUGAAUCGACGGAGAAUUCUGUUCUUGAUCACAAGAAGAAUCUUCAGUUAGCGGAAUACAGACAAUACCUGCGUCUGAAGAUGAAAUACGAGGGGCGAAUGAAGAAUCGGAAGAACCGAACGGAAUCACGUUUACGUCGAGCAAUAAAGAAUGGGAAUCUUAAGGACGACGAUUCUGAUAAAGAUUUGUUUUUAUAAAGCUGAAGGAAAAGUGUGAAACCAGGCAACCGCCAUCCGUAUUAUUUGUUUCUCUAUCUCGCUUUCGUAAUUUUUGAAUAAAAUUCCUUCAUCGCACACGGGAGUUUCUUUUAAA